UAGGUGAACCGAAUGAUAGGUAGAAUUCGGCACGACUUCGCUCACAUAUCGCUAAAUGCACAGUCCUACUUCGGGCGAAAAAGGGCUGUGCGUGUUGCUACAGCAAGGAAAUUCGCGUCGCGACGCAGGCCGCUUGCACUUUGACGGUACCCUAACACGGCUUUUGGAGUUAGCUUGCUAGUUAAAUCUUACUUGUUACCUGCAAGCCAUCAUCAGAAAAGAAAGUUAUCGUCGCAGACGGAAAAUACGAAAAUAAGUCAUAAUAAAACCAAUCGGCGAAACCCAAAAUGAAUCCGAGGAAACACUGAGCUAUGGAAUUACCGCCUCCUGAAGUUCCGAAUGGAUUGGUAGCUGAUCCGCCAGUUGGCGUUUCGAAACGACAAGCUCGUCGAUCGAGGUAUGGAUCUGGCGGAAAACAAGAUGCGUUGCCUAUCGAAGAAGCACUUAAAACGGAAUUAAGCGGUGUCAGUAAUAUAAGGACACCGAUUUCACUGUUGCAGGAGCUGCUCAGUCGGCGGGGAAUAACGCCACAGUAUGAUUUAAUGCAAGUAGAAGGAGCAGUUCAUGAACCGACAUUUCGUUAUCGCGUAUGUUAUGAGGAUAAAGACGCUAUGGGCACGGGAAAGUCAAAGAAGGAAGCAAAGCAUGCAGCCGCUACGGCUCUAAUCGACAAGCUAAGGGGAAUUUCACUCAGUGAUCCUGCAACCGGGACCUUAAAAGUUAAACCAGAGCAAGUCGGCGAGGGCGAAGAUGAACCAACGGGCAACCCUAUUGGUUUGCUGCAAGAGUUAUGCAUGUCACGGCGGUGCCCACCGCCAACCUACAAAACUGAAAUGGAAGAUGGAUUACCACACGAGCGCCAAUUUACAAUUACGUGCUCGGUUUCGAAAUAUCAUGAGGUAGGCAAGGGUACCAGUAAAAAGACUGCUAAACGUCAGGCUGCGCACCGCAUGUGGCAAAGAUUACAGGAGGAACCACUGGAGCCGAAUCCAAUUGUGCAGAUAACUGACGAAGAAUGCCAUGAGGAAUGCCAUGAAGAGCCGAAGGAGACCACCAUCACUGAACGAUAUACCGGUCUUAAGGAUGCUCGCAUGGCUAGUUUGACCACUGAUCAAAAGGUUUCCCAGUUCUAUAAGAGCAUUAAGGCGCCAACCGGCGAAACUUUGAGCAAACUGCGUGAUACUUGCCUUAAUAAUCAAAAUGUCGACUUUGUCCAAAUGCUUCGUGAACUUGCAACCGAGCAACAAUUUGAGGUAACAUACGUACAUAUCGACGAAAAGGCUAUUAGCGGUCGCUUCCAGUGUUUCGUGCAGUUAACAACGACACCGUUUACGGUGUGUCAGGGAAGUGGAACUUCGGCCAAAAACGCUCAAGCAGCUGCUGCACGCAAUUCGUUGGAGUAUCUCAAAAUAAUGACUAAAGCUAGACCUGUGCGCCGGGCAAAUCAUCGGUGGCGGCGGUGGCGACGGCGGAGAUGAGCACCGAGAAGUAAGACUGAAGUUUGAUAGAAAACGUCAUACUGAGGCUCGUUUACGUUAGGUAUUUUCGAUUCGCUCUCAGUUGGACGCGUGGACAUACUCAGAGUAAAUUAAAGGUACAUUAUAACAAUGAAUUCGCAAAAUAGGUUUACUACGUACUGACAACAUUUUGACCCGUACUUUUUUCUCAAUGUUGGGCUAUAUCGUCGGCUUGGGAAAAUGGCCUCGGUGGCGUACCGGAUCUAAAUCAUCGGUGGCAGCGGCAGCGGCCAAGCGGCUUGGCAGCGCACAGGUCAAGCUAAAACCUAAAAGCAGAUAAAAGAAUAUUUUUGACUAGUCGAUAAUGUUUUGUUAAAAAACGGCCACCAUGUAUAUCGGCAGCAAGCUGAGCUCAGGUGUCUGUAUAUGCUGUAUAAAGAAUAAAGUGUCGAAAUAACCACU